AGUAGCUGAUGGAUACACAUAUUGCGGACACAAAUAACGAACUAACUUCUAACUCGCAUCACUAUUCAUCUGAGAAUGCAGAAAUUAAUAUUGAUAACAUCAUCGCUACUGUAACCCAACUAAAUAUCAGAAUCUUUCGAUUACAAGAAGAAAUCGUCGCAUUUAAAAAUGGAAACAUAAUUUAUUCUGUGAAUAAUUUAACAAGUUUAACACCAGCAGGAUUUAAUCAUUCGACGAAAAAGGGAGAAAAUCGAAUGGUUGCACGCUACGAGCCGCGAAGAAAUUUUAAGAGGGACGAUUCGCCAGGCGGCACUGAUUUAUCCGCUCGUUUAUCAUUCGCGAAACGUGCACGGGAAGUAAAAGCGGCGAACGAGGCGGUCGUAUUUAAAGAGGAUUACCCGCGUGACGAUAAAUCAAUCGAAGAUGAUGAACGGCCAAAUAGAUCGCGCGUGUCUGAACCGUCGGGAACGUAUCGAAAGUCCAUUUCGGACGCCGAAAAAUCCGGGAAAGAAACCGAUGAGAGACCGGGAUAUGCAAGAGACACUGGGGACGCGAGAACUUCACGUGUUGCAAAUGAGAAGCUGAGGAAGCUUAAUGAGAAUCGAAACGAGGAAAUCGUUAACGAGACGGACUGUAGUUCUGCCAGUGUUUUUGCACCCAAAAUUAAGAGAAAAAGAAUUUCUAGAGGCGUACAAUGCGAUUCGAUCGGACAUCGUAGUCAUGUAGGUCGAUCUUUUCUCAAUCGCUUUAAAUUGAAAUUGAAAAGACACAGUCUGAAACGAAAAGCAAAGAGGAAAAAAGCUUCAGCGAAUAAGUUUGAUGUUGAACCACGAAUUGAAGUGAAUAUAUUGCCAGGUGCGACAAUAAUAAGCGACGAAUCUCAUAACGAGAUGAAAGAAAAAGUAAAUAAUACAAGUACAAAGAAAGACGAGUUUGAGAAGAUGAAUGAGAAGAAAAUAGAAAGAAUCACUUAUGGAAACGAUAAUGGAUCAUUCGUACAAACGCAAAAUAUACAUGACAACGAAAAACCGAAAGAUGAUUUGAAGUAUCGCAAAGUGAAAAUAAAUCUUCUUGACAAGUUACGGCUGGGAAGAGCUUUAAUGCAUAAACAUGAUUCGGAAGCGCAACAAAACGAAUUAGGACAUGAAUCUCGAAAUCAUAAAGAAAAAAUUGUUAAACUUAAUUGCGAAAAUAAAAAAGCGAACUGCGCCCGUAAACGCGAAGACAACUCACAAGGUGUAAAAAUCGAUUGCGAAAUGGAUUCGGGUAAUAGAUGGAAAACCAUUAAAACUGCUAAUAAAGAAAGUGAUAUAAAUAAAAUCAAAGAAAGAUUGGAUUCGUGUAUUGCCGAAUUAAACGGAAUAAUUGGCGAUGUUCGUGCGAUAUUUGACAAUAAGAAAGAAGCAGUAAAGAAUUUCUAA